GCAGGAGCGGGGGGUCCGCGCUCGCCAGCGGGGGUCUGGGAGGGAGGAUCCGCGAGGAUCCAGGUAGAUCCAGCUUUUACCGCUUACCAAAAGCCACCGGCAGCAGGACCUCCGCCUCCUCCCUCCCUCCCUCCCUCCUCCCCUCCUAACUCCCUCCCUCCCUCCCUCCCUCUCUCCCUCCCCUGCCCCUCCGCGAUGAGAGACGGGCCAAGUCGGUGCGCGCCAGCCAGCAGCGAUCUCUGCCAGGGGCAGACGGAUCGCUUUCAUGUCGCAGGGUGACUGCUAGCCCUGCCGAGGCUCCCCGGCCGGGGCCGGGGAGGCGGCGGCGGCGGCGGGCGGGCAGCUGCCCCCGGCGCCGGUGUGCCUGCCGGCGCGCCCCGCGGGAUGCUGUCGGCGGGGGAUGCGGAGCCGGCCGCGGACUAAGAUGGGGGGCAGCCACUCCCACAGGGCGCCCGUCUUCGACGAGAACGAGGACGUUAACUUUGACCACUUUCAAAUAUUGCGGGCUAUUGGGAAAGGGAGUUUUGGAAAGGUGUGCAUUGUACAGAAGAGAGACACCAAGAAAAUGUAUGCCAUGAAAUAUAUGAAUAAACAGAAGUGCAUUGAGAGAGAUGAAGUUCGAAAUGUUUUUCGGGAGCUACAGAUAAUGCAAGGCCUGGAGCAUCCCUUCCUAGUCAAUCUAUGGUAUUCCUUUCAAGACGAAGAAGACAUGUUCAUGGUGGUUGAUCUCUUACUCGGAGGUGAUCUGCGUUACCAUUUGCAGCAGAACGUCCACUUUAAUGAAGGAACUGUUAAGCUGUACAUUUGUGAGCUGGCGCUUUCCUUGGAUUAUUUGCAGAGAUACCACAUCAUUCACAGGGACAUCAAACCUGACAACAUACUACUGGAUGAGCAUGGACAUGUUCAUAUCACUGAUUUUAACAUAGCAACCAUAGUGAAAGGCUCAGAAAAAGCUUCUUCUAUGGCUGGCACAAAACCCUAUAUGGCUCCAGAAGUGUUCCAGGCCUUUAUGGAUGGAGGUCCAGGAUACUCAUACCCUGUAGACUGGUGGUCACUAGGAAUUACAGCAUAUGAAUUACUGAGGGGUUGGAGGCCCUAUGAAAUUCAUUCAGCCACCCCCAUCGAUGAGAUACUCAACAUGUUCAAGAUAGAAAGAGUUCACUACUCAUCUGCAUGGUGCAAGGGCAUGAUAGCACUACUGAAAAAGCUCCUUACUAAGGACCCGGAGUGCCGUCUUUCAAGCCUUGCAGACAUCCAAAACUCUCCAUACCUAGCUGAUGUCAACUGGGAUGCUGUUUUAGAGAAAGCUGUGACCCCAGGCUUUGUUCCUAAUAAAGGAAGACUGAACUGUGAUCCUACAUUUGAACUUGAAGAAAUGAUUUUAGAGUCCAAGCCUCUCCAUAAAAAGAAAAAGCGACUUGCCAAAAACAAAUCCAAAGAUGGAGCUAAGGAAACCUGCCCACUGAACGUACACCUGCAGCAGUGCUUGGAAACCGUUAGGAAAGAAUUCAUCAUAUUCAACAGAGAGAAAUUAAGAAGACAGCAGGAUCAAAGCGGACAGACUUCCAGCAUGGACAGCAGAGCAUCCCUUCAGAGCCACGAGAAACUCCAAGAUGGACGUAACAACAAUUUACUGGGACACGGCUGCACAAGAGGCUGCAGCAGCUAGUAAGCUACGGCCCCGCACACGCUUCCACUCUGGCAGGGCGAGGAAAAGUCCUCUCUGCGCAUGCCUUCAUCUUCACCCCUCGGACCCCGGGAUGUCCGACUCCUCCAUAAGCAGGAUCCCCAGCCAAGGACAAACCCACAGAGCACACCGGCUGAGACUUUCCACCUACGACCCUGCUCUUCUUUUGACUCUGCCACUGGAAAAAUUACCAUCAGCAACAACAUACAGUUUUAUAAGUAAGUGUGACUUUCCUUUUCAAAAUCCUGGAAGAAAACUUGAAACAAUUCAUUAGGCAGCCUCUCAAAGAUUGCCACGGUUCUGGCUACUUGCAAGAGACAAAGUUACAUUGGGGCCAGCUUUGUGUUGAAGGCUUUACAUUCCCCUCUCUGUCUCCGUUAAUUAAAAUGGUCCAGUUUGGAAUUUUGUGAAACUGCUGGACACAGCCAUUUCUCAUCACCUGCUGUUGAGUUUAUAACAGAUGUAUAUGAUGUAAAUACGUGAAUGUAGUGUCAAAUAGGCCAAACACUGAAUAAUUUCAUUUAAAUACCUGAAGCCCAUUGGAAAAGUUGCAGCGUGAAUGUAUUCACAUUGGUCUUUAACUUCAUGCAUUCUGCUUUGUAGUAAAAGAUGUGACACUGGCCAAGUCAAAGUUUUGCUCGUGACUUUAGUGAAUGCAGGAUCAGACACAUUAGUAGUGUAUGAUAACCAUGACAAAGAAGGAACUGUUUAUUUGUAACAAUAGGCUGAGUGAGCCAGAGUUGAAAAGCAGCUUAGUAAGGAGAGCUAAAAAUGUUAAGAAUUUGCUCAGAUCAAUAGGUGUUAUAAAAUGUGAAGAAGUUACAUGUGUCUUUGUUUUUGUGGAUCUAUUCUGGAUGAGAACCAUCUUGCACAGAAAGAAACAUACUUUAUCCAAAGUAUUGCUGACAUGAAAGCCUUUUUUUUUUUUUUUAAACAGUACCCGUAAUUCCAAACAUUUAUGGUAUUUUACAACUUGUACAUCCACAUUUUGAUAAUAAAUGCAUGUUUGUUCUGUCCUAUUGUGCUUUUAUUUUUAAGGGUUACCAUCCGUAAGCAAAUUUCAUUUCAACUUUUUAAACCAAAUAAGUUAGACUUUUGGAAG